AUGCCUUCCCCUAAGGUUUUCAUCACCGGCGCUACUGGGUAUAUCGGUGGUGACUUUCUCUACGUAGUUGCCAAUGCCCACCCUGACUGGCAACUAUCAGCUCUUAUCCGCAACAAGGAUAAGGAGAUACAGGUCAAGUCGCAGUAUCCCAACGUCCGGGUAGUGAAUGGAGACUUAGACUCUACCGACGUCAUCGAAAAUGAAGUCAAGGAAGUCGAUAUCGUCCUCCACUUUGCCAACUGUGAUCACGUUGCUUCGGCCACCGCAAUAGCGAAAGGCGCUCAGCAGCAUCGCCCCGAGCGCCCAGUGUGGAUCAUUCACACCUCGGGCACCAGCGUCCUAUCCAUUGAAGAUCAGCGCGCGUGUUCAUACGGCAUUGAUCGGGCCCAAGAGUACAAUGAUUGGGACGGUGUAAGAGAGCUGGUCAAUCUGCCUGCCGAUGCCGUCCACCGCAACGUCGACGAAAUCAUCCUCGCGGCCAGCAAGUGCAACCAGGCCUCCGUAAAAACGGCCAUUGUGUGCCCGCCCACCAUCUAUGGCCCCGGCCGUGGACCAGGCAACCAGAAGAGUAUACAAGCGUACCUUCUUGCCGCCGCGGUGCUGAAGCGGGGAAGGGGGUUUCUCGUUGGCGCGGGCGAGAAUAUCUGGCACCAGGUGCACAUCCAGGAUUUGAGCAGCAUAUACAUGGUGUUAGCCGAAUCCGCCGCUGCCGGUGGUGGGAAGGCUACUUGGAACGAAGAAGGUUACUAUCUAGCGGAGGAUGGGCCUUUCGUUUGGGGUGAUGUGCAACGCGCCGUUGCCAAGGAGGCGUUUGAUAUGAAGCUGAUUCCUUCGCCUGAGGUUGAACAGUUGACGGAUGCUGCCCACCUUACUAACAUAUUUCCAGCGGCCAUUGGUGCGUGGGGAUCAAACUCGCGUGGAUAUGCCAUCCGGGCACGGAAGCUGUUUGAUUGGGAUCCCAAGCAGCCGAAGCUGAUUGAGUUAAUCCGGAGCAUUGUUGAGAUUGAAGCGAAGGACAUGGGCUUACUCCCGCAAUGA